AUGGCGCUCCCGAACAAGUACCAGAAUGGCAGCAUUGACUCCUCUACCAAGGGAGUGUACAGGGCAUCGCCCGUCAAGCUCAUGAUAUACGGAAAUGGAACGAGCAGCCAGCUUUCAGAUGUCAUUGCCGAGCUCGGUGCUACAAAGGCCUUCAUCAUCACCGGACGAUCUUUAUACGAGAAGACUCCCGUGAUCAAGAACAUUGAGAAGACACUUGGUUCUGCGCAUGGUGGUACAUUCAGCAAGAUCGGACAACACGCACCGAUUCAAGAUAUCAAAGAAGCCACCGCGCUGAUGACAAAGUCCGGAUGCGAUGUACUCAUAUCGAUAGGCGGUGGCUCACCCAUUGACUCAGCCAAAGCCAUUGCAUACAAUAUUCACGAGGAGACCGGAAAGUGGAUUCCUAGUAUCGCUGUACCAACAACACUGAGUGUAGCUGAGACGACGCAAAACGCUGGCUUCACCACCGAAGAAAAGCACAAGAUCGCCGUGAGCAACCCAGAACUUGUACCCAAGGCUGUGGUAUACGAUGGUGAACUUGCUGUAUACACACCCUUGAACCUCUGGACAAGCACAGGAAUUCGAUCGCUGGACCACGCAGUGGAGCUGAUGUACCACCCUCUCGCCGCCGAGAUCCCGACAAAACGCAUGUCUUUGGAAGCUAUCAAGGAUCUCUUCACAUACCUACCACAAUCGAAGGCCAACCCCAAUGACGCCGAAGUGCGAACCAAGCUUUUCGUUGCUUGUUACUCGUCACUCUUCCCCUUCCUGUACACUGGCGGAGUCGGCCUCAGUCACAGCAUCGGCCAUGCGAUUGGUGCAACAUACAGCAUUCCGCAUGGUAUCACCAGCUGCCUCAGUCUCGCACCGACGGUACACUUCAAGGCGAGCAACCCAGAGGAAGCGAAGCAAAUCGCUAGGAUCAUCCCAUACAUCGGGAAGCAAAGUACUGGCAGCGACGAGAAGGAUUCCCACGUCGUUGCUGACGCCAUUGCUGGACUGGUCGAAGAACUGGGACACAAGACCACAUUGACAGCUUACAAUGUGCCUACUGGCGAUGCGGAAGAAGAAGCUAUCGCAUCGCGUGCGCUACACAGCAAAGACCACAAGGACUUCGCUAGCCCGAUCCGAAACCCAUCGUUCCGACUUCACUUCCUCGAUACUUUGCGACUCACGACUACGAACCCCACGAUGCAACGUUCUCUCCUUUUCUCGGCGCGCCGCCGCGGCCCAGCGACGGGCAUGCGAUUCUUCUCUGCCAGCGCCUCUCGCCCAGCCAUCAACAAGAUCGUCUCCUCCGCACAAGAAGCUAUCAAGGACAUGAAGUCAGAUUCCACAGUUCUGGUCGGUGGAUUCGGCUUCUCAGGAGUGCCGAACACCCUUAUCAACGCUCUGCGCGACCGAAGCGACCUUACAAACUUCACAGUGGUCAGCAACAACGCCGGUAUGCCAGGUGUCGGGCUUGGACAGCUUCUGGAGACAAAGCAAAUCGGCACGAUGAUUGCGAGUUACAUCGGAGACAACAAGGUGUUUGAGCAAAUGUACCUGAAGGGACAAUUGAGUCUGCAGUUGACCCCUCAGGGUACCAUCGCAGAGAAGUGCGCUGCUGGUGCUGCGGGUGUACCGGCUUUCUACACACCAGCGGCUUAUGGAACAAUAGUGCAAACCGGCGAACUCCCUGUACGAUACAACACCGACGGUACCAUCGCGAAGAUGGCCCCUCCGAAAGAGACCCGCGAGUUCAACGGCAAAUCUUACGUCAUGGAAGAAGCCAUCUUCGGUGACUACGCCUUCGUCAAAGUCGCCAAAGCCGAUCGUCUCGGCAACUGCCAGUUCCGCAAAGCACAAAACAACUUCAACGAAGCCAUGGGCAAGAACGCGAAGAUGACGAUCGUCGAGGCCGAUGAGAUCGUUGAGGAUGGAGAGAUCGCACCAGAAGACAUUCAUCUCCAGGGCAUAUACGUAAAGAGGGUGAUUAAGAGCACAGUGGGCAAGGAGAUCGAGCGGAAGGUCUUCUGGAAGAGCCCAGAGGAGCAGAAGAAGGCACUGCUGGAGGGUGGCUCGACCGAAUCAUCACAGAAGCGCGAGCGGAUCAUCAAGCGCGCGGCACAAGAACUAAAGGACGGCAUGUAUGUCAACCUCGGUAUCGGCAUGCCGCUGGCAGCACCUGCCUUCCUGCCCGAGGGUACUGAGAUCGUUUUGGAGUCUGAGAACGGAAUCUUGGGUAUGGGAAGGUAUCCCAAGCCUGGCGAGGAGGACCCCGACCUUAUCAACGCCGGAAAAGAGACUGUAACUCUCAUCAAGGGCGCAUCAACGUUUGGCAGCCACGAGUCCUUCGGCAUGAUCCGAUCAGGUCGGAUAGACGUCGCCAUGCUAGGUGCCAUGCAAGUGAACCAAUACGGAGACCUCGCAAACUUCAUGCUUCCCGGAAAGGUCAAAGGCAUCGGCGGCGCAAUGGACCUAGUCGCGAACCCCACACAAACCAAAGUCGUCAUCACCAUGGAACACGUCGACAAGAAGGGCAACCCCAAGAUCCUGAACCAAUGCACAUUCCCUCUCACAGGACAAAAGUGCGUGAGCACCAUCAUCACGGACCUGGCAGUAUUCGACUGCGAUCGUGUCGAGGGUUUGACCCUGAAGGAGCAUGCCAAGGGCGUCACCGUGGAUGAGAUCAGAAGCAAGACAGAGGCGCCAUUCAAAGUCAGUGAGAAUCUGAAGGAGAUGAGCGUGUAG